AUGCUGCAACAAAUUCUCAUUACUGAUCCACUUAUCGUUCAAAUGAGAGAUUCUUUCAGGGAAACCCUCUUGAUGAGAGCUGCAUAUUACAACACACCAUCAGUAGUAAAAGCUUUGAUUGACGCUGGCAGUGAUGUAAAUGCUUCUCGUUAUGAUAUGUGGACUCCAUUCCACAUCAGUGCAUUUCAUGGUCAUCAGGAUGCUUUAAAAGUUCUUAUUAAUCAUGAUGUUACAUGUAUUAAUACAGUUAAUCACCGCAGGAAAACACCGUUAUUUUAUGCAUGCGGAAAGGGUCAUGUGGGAUGUGUUCAGCUACUGCUUUCAGUUACAGGAAUUGAUGUGAAUAUACAAACCAUGGACAAUGACACACCAUUACAUGUUGCAUUGCGUAAUGGUUCUCAUGAAUGUGUUAAGUUACUGUUAUCUUUGCCACAUGUUGAUGUGAAUAUACCAAGCAUAUUGAACAAAACUGCUUAUUAG